GCCGCAUGCUCCCCUCUAUAACCUUGAGUUGUUUGCUCGACCUGUUUUUUGCCUCGGGGUGUGCGCGCGGGAUGCGGGUGCUGAAUCAAGAUGGGUCUCCAGGUGAAGAAAAGUUACUGUUUAGGGAUUGGUAGCAUACUGGUUGUAUUUAUCAUAUGGUAUCGGAAAAGUGCAAAUCCGCUCAUUGGGCUAGAUCCUACGAACCCAGAGCUGAUCAAAACGGUGCGGGACGAGUUCCUUCGCGCGCCGUCCGGCCUGCCGUAUGCUCUGAGCCAGCCGGACGUGGUGGAUGUGUCGGUAGGCCAGGCUCAGAUGGUGCUGAAGAUUCUCCAGAACAAGACGGGCGGCACGUUCGUGGAGUGCGGCGCGCUAGACGGCGAGACUCGCUCCAACACGCUGUAUAUGGAGCGCUGGCUGGGCUGGCGCGGCCUUCUGGUGGAGCCCGACCCGGACAGCUUCCGGAUGCUCUUGCAGAAGCACAGACGCGCCUGGGCCAUUCAAGCGUGUCUCUCCGGAUCGAAAGUGUCGCAGGUGUCCUUUAAGCAGGACUUCAACAUGGGUAUGAUUGACGACGGCUCCCCAGCGAGGAGAUCCGGGAAGCCGAGCUAUGCCAAUGUUCUCUGCAUCCCGCUGGAGGCGAUGUUGCGGGCACUGGAGUGGAAGACGGUGGACUACUUCAGUCUGGACGUCGAGGGGCACGAGUACUCCGUGCUCUCGCAGCUGCCGUUCGAGCGGCUCGAUAUUAGGACGCUCUCUGUAGAAUUUCGCCACGUUCCGGAGGGCAAGGAGGCCAUCAGGACACUCAUGGAGUCGAAGGGAUACGAGGUGAACUCCGAGAUCACCCACUUCGACGACCUGGCCAAUGACUUCAUCUUCCAGAAGAAGGAACUGAAGUAGUAGUCAACUAUCCCACCACUAGUCUCCAAGACACAUGAUGCGUCAACUUCAGGCGUUAAGCGGGUCCCGUGCCGUGAUAUAUGAACCGAAGGGAAUGGCCGGCCGAAGGGAGUGGGGUUCCAUCCUGAUCACGAAUCUGCGGGACACGCGACGCGUCAGUUCAAAGUAUCACGCGGAUUCCGUGCUGUGAUAUAUGAUGUGCAGGGAUUGAUCGGCCGAAUUUGUGGGAUGAAAUCGAUUCGUUGUCUAGAAGUGCUAAGCUAGUACGUUGGCAUCUAAUCUCCGUGCUCGAACGACCCAACUGAUUCCGCUUCCAUUGCAAAGGGAGAGGGAAGCAGGAUAGCAGGAUGGGUCGUUUUUAACUUCUUUCGUUUUACUGAGUGCUAGAUACGGUGGAUGUUCAAGGUUGUUGCCCGGGUGGUGUUUGCUUUGAACUUAUGUCAGUCAUUCCCAUUUGACGCACAUCAGUGCGUCAUUAACUGUCCUCCUCCAACCUGUAUCUCUUACCUAGUCGUCAGUUAUCGGGACUAAGCCUGAGACUUGGAAAGGCAGGGCGUCCGCCUGGUGGCGGUCGUCCCGGCCGUGCCGUGUUCAACGGCGGCGUGCGGCUGCCUGCGCGCGCUCGCCGCCGCUCCUGCCAUCUGUGCCACUGUGUGCCAUCCGGCGCCGCGGGGGCCCCGCGCCGGGCGCCGACAGCUGUGAGCGUGCGGCCACCUCACUGCCAGGCCCGGCAGCGACGCCGCCGCCGCAAGCCUGCCGGUCUGGCCAGACUCCAGACCGUCCGUUUGACUAUAGAGGCGUAUAUAAUAUAAACGCAUCUAUAUAUGUGACAACAGAUCUGCGUCCGUGCAAUGUAGAUGCGUAUAUUACCUAUGUAAAGACUGAUGGAAUACAGGUGCGUCCCUUU